AUGGAUCCUUUUCCCCUAAACUCUCCCGGCUUUGUUAACCUGCUUACUUCCCAGACCACUCAGCCAAUAGAAAUAGGAUCUUCUGAGGUUCCUAAACCUCCGGAAAGGAGGAAGUGGACAACCAAAGAAGAUUUGGUGUUGAUCAGUGCUUGGUUGAACACCAGCAAGGAUCCAAUAACCAGUAAUGAGCAGAAGCUAGGAGCAUUUUGGAAGAGAAUAGAGGAGUACCUGAAUGCUAGCCCUCUGCUCGUUGGCUCUAUUCCUAGGGAGUGGAGUCAAUGUAAGCAGAGGUGGGGAAGGGUUAAUGAGCAGGUGUGUAAGUUCGUGGGAUGUCAUGAAGCUGCUCUGAAGGAGCAGGCGAGUGGACAUAAUGAGAAUGAUGUCAUGAAGGUGGCUCAUGACAUCUUCUUUAAUGACUACAAAGCCAAGUUCAUUCUUGAACAUUGUUGGAGGGAGCUUCGGUUUGAUCAAAAAUGGAGAUCACACAGUCUGACAUCAAAUGGUGCAAAGGAGAAAAGGAAGGAAACUGCGGAUGAGGUGGGUCGCGAGGAAAAUGUUAGACCUCCCGGAGUCAAGGCUAGCAAAGCAGCAAAACGCAAGAAGCAUGGCAAUGAAGCAGCGUUUGAUCAGAUCGAAACCAUUCUAGCAGCCAAGAAUAUGUUAUCCAAACAGAAAAUACUUGAUAGGUUGCUAGGAAAAAACGCUGAUACACUUACAGAUCAAGAGCUUGCUCUAAAAAACAAACUCAUAUCUGAAUUGCUUUAA